AUGGUUAACGAGCGAGAGAGCAAGAGCUUGGAAAAUGAGGAGAAUUGUAAAUCGCUUGAUACAAUGGAAGCUAAAAUGGGCCUAGAGAUUCAGGAGUUGGAGAAGGAGAAAUCGGGUGCGUUAAAGAGUGUGAAGGUCUAUGAGUCGAAUAGGACGAUUGCCGAGUUGACCGGGAAGCUUAAUGAGUUGAAGAGAAAAAAUUUGGAAAGUGAGGCGAAAAUGGCCCAAGAAAUUGAUGAGUUGAAGAAAGAGAAAUCGGGAGCUUCAAAUACCAUUGUGGAACUAAAGGGAAAGGUUUGUGAGUUGAAUAUGACAAUCGCCGAGUUGACUCGGAGGCUUAAUGAGCUAAAGAGAAUUUAUUUGGAAAGUGAGCAGCUGGCCAGAGCUGGUGAUGAAAAAUGUAAAUCUCUUGAUACACUGGCAGCGAAAAUGGGCCAAGAAAUUGAUGAGUUGAAGAAAGAGAAAUCGGGAGCUUCAAAUACUAUUGUGGAAUUGAAGGGAAAGGUUUGUGAGUCGAAUAGGACGAUCGCCAAGUUGACUCGGAGGCUGAAGAGAAAAAAUUCGGAAAGUGAGCAGCUAGCCAGAGCUGGUGAUGAGAAAUGUAAAUCUCUCGAUACACUUGUGGCGAAAAUGGGCCAAGAAAUUGAUGAGUUGAAGAAAGAGAAAUCGGGAGCUUCAAAUACCAUUGUGGAAUUGAAGGGAAAGGUUUGUGAGUCGAAUAGGAUGAUCGCCAAGUUGACUCGGAGGCUGAAGAGAAAAAAUUCGGAAAGUGAGCAGCUAGCCAGAGCUGGUGAUGAGAAAUGUAAAUCUCUCGAUACACUUGUGGCGAAAAUGGGCCAAGAAAUUGAUGAGUUGAAGAAAGAAAAAUCGGGAGCUUCAAAUACCAUUGUGGAAUUGAAGGGAAAGGUUUGUGAGUCGAAUAGGAUGAUCGCCAAAUUGACUCGGAGGCUGAAGAAAAAAAAUUCGGAAAGUGAGCAGUUAGCCAGAGCUGGUGAUGAGAAAUGUAAAUCUCUCGAUACACUUGUGGCGAAAAUGGGCCAAGAAAUUGAGGAGUUGAAGAAAGAGAAAUCGGGAGCUUCAAAGAUCAUUGUGGAAUUGAAUGGGGCAAUCGUCGAGGCGAGCAGGAUAGUGAAUGACUUGAAGGUGAAGAAAUCGAAGUCCGAUGAGGUGGUUGAGUUGUACAGGAGACAGAUCAAGGAUUUGUGUAUGAAAAUCCAGAAAACUAAUGAGGCUGUGGAGGGGGGGAAUUUGAAUUUUCAACAAUCUAGGGGUAAAACCGGAAGAUCGGGAAAUGGGGAUACGUUGCAUGGUGCUGGAGAUGGAAGUAGAAGUUGUGGUUUGUUGAAGAAAGGCUGUAGGAGCUUAGUUAAGUGUUCGACUGGAGAGAAUGAUGCAAGUGUGGUAAAAACUCCUGGUUUACCUUCGGGUCAAAAUUCCCUUCGCAUGGAAACUAGCGAGGGUGAUAAGCCGCUUGAUUUAGGACGAACAAACCUUCGGAGGCUUUUUGUCGGAGUUCGAGGAUUUUCACCGACGCCGCCUCCGACGGAAGCAUAAGUGGUUGAAAAGGCGACAAAAGAAAAAAAAAAUGGUUUCACUAGACUCUGAUGAAAGAUUUAUUUCCAAAAGCUUGCCCAUUUCUCAACUGGUCGAACACAUAAGGUACUCGUUCCGCGAGCGUGAUUUCGUCGAGGUCCAGAAUGCCCUAAUCGAACGAGAGAACGACUUGAAAAUGGAGAUUGAAAAUCUCGUUAUAGAACGUGAUUUGGCUAAGAAGGAGGUCUGUCUGGUCGAGAGAAGUAUGAAGUCAAUCAAGAGGUUUAAAUUUGAGGAUAAGCUGGAGAAAAGCCAUAACAAGUGGAAGAAGCUGGAAGAGAGUGUUGUCCGGCUGGUUAAUGAAAAUCGAGAGUUAAAGAAUCUUGAGAAAAGGGCUGAGGAGGAGCGUGACAGGAUUUUUGCCGACAAUAUGAAGUUGGUGAUCGAAAAGAAUGAGUUGGUGUGUGAGUUGAACAAGAAGGUUAACGAGCUCGAGAGCAAAAACUUGGAAAAUGAGGAGAAUCGUAAAUCUCUUGAUACAAUGGAAGCUAAAAUGGGCCGAGAGAUUCAGGAGUUGGAGAAAGAGAAAUCGGGUGCGUCGAAGACUCUGGGUGAAUUGAAGGUGAAAGUCUAUGAGUCGAAUAGGACGAUUGCCGAGUUGACCGGGAAGCUUAAUGAGCUGAAGAGAAAAAAUUCAGAAAGUGAGGAGAAAAUGGGCCAAGAAAUUGAUGAGUUGAAGAAAGAG